GGCGCGAGCCGAGCUCACGCUGCCGCCCCCUCCGCCCCUGCCCGGCCGCUUCCUUGCACAUUUGUUUUCCCACGCGGGCAGCGGCGGCGCACCAACUCCCCUCCGCCCUGGACUCGAGCGGCGGCAGCGAGUCACUUUUGUUUUCCUCGGGACUUCCUCGCAACUUCCUCCCCGCCGUCGGGCUGGGCAGCGUGGUAUCUGCGGGGCGUGGAGGGCGAUACCAAGCGCGGCGCAGCAGCGGGAGGCGCCAACUCGCUCCGAGCCCCAGCCCGGCCGCUUGGCAGAGCCGCGCUGCCCUGUCCCUGCAGGCGAGCCCUCCCGCGGCGGAGGAGACACGGAGGGCAGGCUGCAUCGGCUGCCGCCGCUGCCUCCUCGCCCUUCCCGCUCUCCCUCGCUCGGCUCCCUUCCUCGCCGACGCCGAGGCGCGGCUGCAGCUGCGAGGGAGCAGAAGCCAGCCAGCGAGCGAAAGGCGGACUCGCCCGUCGCCAGCAACUCCCGUCUUCCCGGUCGGUCUCGGGGCCCCACCGCGCCCUGCGAAGAGCGAGGAAGAAGAGCGCGCAGCAGCCGCGAGUCCGCUCUUAGGCAUUAACCAAGAACAAAAUGGGGAAACAGAACAGUAAACUGAGACCCGAAGUGCUCCAGGACCUCCGAGAGAACACAGAAUUCACAGACCAUGAACUGCAAGAGUGGUACAAAGGCUUCCUAAAAGAUUGUCCGACUGGCCAUUUGACUGUUGAAGAGUUCAAAAAGAUAUAUGCUAACUUCUUCCCCUACGGCGACGCCUCAAAAUUUGCAGAGCACGUGUUCCGCACUUUUGAUACCAAUGGCGAUGGGACGAUUGACUUUCGGGAAUUUAUAAUCGCAUUGAGUGUCACUUCGCGGGGGAAACUUGAGCAGAAGCUGAAAUGGGCAUUUAGCAUGUAUGACCUUGAUGGCAAUGGCUACAUCAGCCGCGCAGAAAUGCUUGAGAUAGUGCAGGCAAUCUACAAAAUGGUGUCUUCGGUAAUGAAAAUGCCAGAGGAUGAAUCAACUCCAGAGAAACGAACAGACAAAAUAUUCAGACAGAUGGACACAAACAAUGAUGGUAAACUAUCUCUCGAAGAGUUUAUUAAAGGUGCCAAGAGUGAUCCCUCUAUCGUGCGGUUGUUACAAUGUGAUCCAAGCAGUGCAAGUCAGUUCUAAUUAAACUCUGGACAGUUUGCAAAGAAAAUUACUGGCUUGUUCCAGCUUUACUCGUAAAUGGAUGCCUUCUCAACCAUUCCUCAGUGGCUAGUGGAUGAGAUUCCACUGCCAGAUUGUCUGUGUAUCCAAGUGAAAAAGAGCCUCACUCCUCUCACCAACAUUGAUGCAAAUUCCUCCUUCCACUAUCCCGUCCUUUGUUUCUUCCCCUUAUGAGUCACUCUACACAUAAUUGAAGGGUAUGUUUACAAUGGCAGGUUAAAGAGGGGUUUGUUGCACAUCACUUGGUUAAUAUGAACAGAUGACUUUCUAGUUAGCGCCUAAGAAAGAGAUGCCAUGUGUUCCUUUUGACCAACACAAAUGGCAGGCAUUUUAAUUUGCUUCCCAGAAAAGGGAUAUAAAAUGUGGAAUAAAUUGAGUAGAAUUUUCUUAAAGAGCAUGAUACCAGUUUCCUGCUAUGAGGAAAAUUGCUUGCACUUACUUAAUGGUCUUUCCAUUCAUAUAUAUAUAUAUAUACAUACUAUAUAUAUAUAUGGUGAAGUAAAUUUUUUAAUAUUUAGGUCUAUUUAGGUCAUAUUUAAUAUAUCAAGUAGAAUCCAUGCUUCAUUUCUUCUAGUUGUCUGUGAUUAUUCAAAUCUUUUUUUUUUAAGUGAUAUUUAUGCAUAGCAAGGUUGCCAUUAAGGCACUGCAUGACUAGCUGUUUGUGGAUAAUAACACUGUUUAAUUACCAAUUGCAACACUUUGUUCAUUUUUACUGUUGAUUGUUCAAGCGUUUUACUGUGUUAAUGAAAUUUAAAAGGAAUAUUUUUCCUUCUGUGUUUAUCAGUGAAGUGCCACUUUACUGUGGCUGCAGCGUUUUUAAAAUGGCAUUUGAGUGAAGUGAGGUGAUUUGACACACACUUGCUAUGGCCGUCCUACCUUGUUGCGGUCCAUCUCUGUUAAUAGUCUUGUGCAUUCCAGUGUUAUUUAAUAUCUGCCUAAUGCCAAGAAAUGUUAAUUGAAAUAAAGACUUGAUUUUCUUGUC